AUGGAUUCAAAAAUCUGGCAACAAGUUGUCGCAGAGAAGCGACGGCAACGGACCCGUGCCAUCUCUGCUUUUGUCACCAAGCACCUAUCAGACAAAGGGGACCGCCAGGAUGCAUACAACGCCAUUACCCAAGUCGAUGAUAUCACUACUUUGGCCGAUAGGAUUCGGAGUGGAAAGCUCAGCAGUGAAGACGUUACCCUAGCUUAUAUCACACGGAAAACAAACUGCCUGACCGAAAUCCUCUUCGAUGAUGCCCUGGAACAGGCCCAAGAGCUCGAUGCGUAUUACGCCAAAGAGAAGAAAACAAAAGGACCUCUGCAUGGCGUUCCAAUAAGUCUGAAGGACCAGUUCAAUGUCAAAUGUCACGACACCACUCUUGGCUACACAAGCAAGGCCUUCAAACCAGCCAACGAUGAUGCUGUCCUAGUAAAGAUCUUGAAAAAGCUGGGCGCCAUCAUUAUUUGCAAGACCAAUCUCCCACAAAGCAUAAUGUGGGCUGAAACUGACAAUCCUCUUUGGGGGUUGACUGAGAACCCGAUCAUUCUCGGAUAUACGCCUGGAGGAUCCUCGGGCGGGGAGUCGGCUCUGAUUUACUCUCAUGGGAGUCUCGGAGGUUUUGGAUCAGAUUUGGGUGGUAGUAUCCGUAUGCCAGCUUCCAUGAUGGGUCUAUAUGGGUUCAAGCCAAGCAGCUCGAGAUUACCAUAUGGAGGAGUGCCUGUCUCAACCGACGGACAGGAGCACGUCCCGUCUUCCAUUGGCCCCUUGGCACGCUCCCUUUCGACCAUUUACCAUCUCACGAAAGAGAUCACACUUCAGGAACCCUGGAAACAAGACUGUCGUUGCGUUCCCAUCCCAUGGCGCCAGUCUGAAUAUGACAUGACCGUAAACAGCAAGCUAACGAUCGGUGUCUUGUAUGACGACGGCGUUGUGAAGCCGCAUCCCAGUAUCGUAAGAGUUCUCGCGCAAGCUGCAGCUGCUCUUGCAGCUGAUGGUCAUGAGCUUGUGAUGUGGAAGCCCGACUUGCACGCCGAGUGCAUAGAGGUUAUGGAUGCCUACUUCACAGUCGAUGGAGGAGAAGACAUUCGUCGUGAUAUCGAGGCAGGAGGCGAGCCUUUUAUCCCGAGCGUGGAGAGGCUUGUGAACAGGGGAAAGCCAAUAUCAGUGUUUGAUUAUUGGCAACUUAACAAACGGAAGCGAGAGCUCCAGCAGGCCUAUUUGGAGAAGUGGAAUAACACCCACUCUAAGAAGGGAAAGACUGUGGACGCAAUUAUAAUGCCGGCUCUGCCACAUGCGGCUGUCCCUCACAACACUGUCAAGUGGGUGGGAUACACCAAAGUCUGGAAUCUUUUGGAUUAUACGGCUUUAGUCAUUCCGGGAGGAAAGGUUGAAGCUAGGGAUCUUGACGCAUUGUGGGAUCAUGAGCCGAGAAAUGAGCUGGACGAAUGGAACACCCGCCUUUGGGAGGAUCAUAUGCAAGGUAUGGUCAAGCACCAUCUCCCUGUGGAUAUACAGAUCGUGGGGCGGGUUUUGGAGGAGGAAAAGGUUUUGGCUGUUGGCAAGGUGCUAGAUGAUUUGUUGCGUACUCAUGUACUUGAGACAUGA